GUAUGAAAUAUUGGCAAUUCGGGCCUCCAUUUUGAUGUUGUUGCCACAGUCGAAUUUUCCGCAGAAACAGGGAAGCAGUGAAUUACGAAGUAGUGAAAAAAUCAACUCGGAGAAAGAGCUUACCAGCUGCUUAGAAAUUUAAAGUAAUUAAAAUUAUAUAUAUUUUUGUAAUUAAAUUUGAAUAAAUAUGGAAGCAAAAAGAACCAAAUAUGCGACCAUAACUACUAGUGCUGUUAAACAAGAACUCGUGCCUGUAUUGAUACAAGACCCGAAUAGUGGCGAACAACAAUACGCAUAUGCAUUCGCAAACGCUGAAGAAGCUGAAUCCGCGGUGGCAUCAUUGGCACAUCAACAACAUCAUCUUGAAGCAAUCAGUGAAGCGCAUGAAGUGAUAAUUGAUGAAAACGGACGUGCUGUAACAAUACAACAGCUUGUCACGGAUGAAAAUAAUACGGUCGAGGAAGUUGAAGCUAUCGAGGAAGCCGAUGGUACAACAACAUUUGUACAAUUUGUGUCAGCUGCAGAUUGCACUAUACUGGAUAGCGGUGGUGAAGGCGAAGGCGAGGGUGAAGUUGAUGGUGAUGGCGAUGGCGAUGGUGACGGAGACAAUAAUAAGAGUCCGACUGAAGAUUCAUAUUAUCGUUCAAAAACAUUUUAUUGUUCAAAUUGUGGAAAUUGCUAUAGCGCUGCUGGUUCACUAAAAUUGCAUAUGCGUGCUUGCAUACGUCAACGGCAAGAGGUUCCGCCCGAAGAUCGAAAAUGUGAAAUAUGUAAUAAAGUGUUUAAUUCGGUGUCUUACUUGAAGGAGCAUAUGAUGCGUCAUACAGGCGAAGGUCCAAGACGGUGUACACGUUGCUAUCGUAAGUUUGUUGAUGAUGAUAAAUAUCAAGCACACAUAGAGACGCACAAACAACAAGAUAAAUUAGAGGCUGAAGCAGCUGCACUGGCUGAACAACACGGCGGAAAGAAAGUUGUCUUAAAAGAAUUUACGUGCUCCUUCUGUUCUACAAAUUUCACUGUUGUAUUUGAAGCUGGUCAAGUGAAAAGACGUUAUGCUUGUGAUUAUUGCCGUGAGAAGUAUUCCAAUGCAGAGAUGUUGAAACGGCAUAAACAAACAGUUGAUGAUAAACGUGAAUUCCCCUGCACGCGUUGUGGUAGGAAAUUUGUAUUCGAGGGAUUCUUACAACGACAUAUACCAACUUGUGACGGCACCAUCAAACGUCGUAGAGAUAUUAAGUAAAUUUAAUUAUGUUUAUAAACAUUGUACUAAUUUACAUUAUAUUUUAUGUAAUUAAUUGUUUAUUUUUUAACAUAACAUUAAACUUAGUUAUAACAUUAGUUUGUUCAAGAUAAAUGCGGCAACGUUGAAAUAUGAUAUAUAUAUUCUAAUUCUGUUAUCAUAUAAAACGUAAUAAUAAUGCGAAAACUGGUAUUGUAUAAUUACAAAUAAAUAAAGCCAAAUUAUAUGUAAAAUAAGUUUCGUCUAUGUAAUUCUUUUAAAUUAAACAAGGAAAAAUAUUGUGAACUGCUUUUAAGAUAUUUAUUAAGUUUGAAUAUCGAAUAUUGUUUUCUUCAACAAUGCAUAACGCAGUUAAAAAGUGGUACCAACAAUGACAGGGAGCUACUCGUAGAGUGGCUACGACUAAGUGCCGUUCAGCAAACCCAAAAGAGACUACAGGAAAAAUUACUAGGACAACAUAAUCCUUAAAUCUUAGUAGACAGACUAGCCAUAUGGCGGCUAGCAAUACAUUAGAGCAAACUAGUAUUAUUCACCCGAAUUAUAUAUAUAGCGGUAGCAGCUAUUUUUUAUUGUAUAUAAUUAAUAUUAAUAAUUAAUAUAAUUUUAACCUUCUAAUUAAUAUUAUUUAUAAUAAUUUUUUGGUAUCGUCUAAAUCAUGUCAUCCAUUUUGACAACAUUUAUAAUAAUUAAAACCGUUGCGAGUAGCUAAAAAGUGUUUCUAGUCUGGACAAAUUUGUGUACAUAGUACUUUGAUUAAUUUUAUUUAUAUAUCUGUUUUAAUAUUAGUUUAAUUGCAACGAUUUUGUUUCAAAUUCCAAGCCUGAU